AGAAGCGAAAUGGUAAAAAAAACGUUACUAAGUCUGUAAUAUUUACAUACAUGUACACUGAAAGGGACGGUACAUACAAUGGUUGAACGCUAGGGCAGAGUCUCUCCCUGAUUCAACUGGUAGAUGGCGUUAGCCUCUCUCGGGUCAAACGACAAAAAUGUUCUAGAAUAUAUAUAAAAGUGUGCACUACACAGUGACUACUUGUUGUUUAGGAAGAAAUAAAAAGUGCUUUGCGUCUUUCGGUCAUACAGUUCGACAGAUCUUGUUGAGCUUUCUGUCGCUUGUUAUACCACGGACAAAGUAGCCCAUGGCAAAGAGAGGAGAAGGCGACAUUACGGACAUACUGGAAGAAAUCCGCCAUGAAAAGCAGAUGAAAGAGAGGUUGGACCAGUCCAUCCAGCAUCUGUCCCAGGAGGUUACAGACCUGGAGAAAAAGGCCGAGACGCCUGUGACGGGGGAUGACAUCGAGUGGAAAACCCGCCACGACAUUCAGGCUGACGUCAACAAGAUGCUGAGCGGACGGAUAUCGGAGCUCCAGGAAAAGUUGGACGGUAUGAAACAGAGCAUGAAGAGCGGGCAGAUGCCGCAGGUGUUGCGCAGGUACGACGACAUGAAUGAAACCGCCAUGAAGAAACUCAUCCGCGAUAUGGAACGAGAGAUGACCAGUUUGACGUCAGAGCUCAAUCAUCUUGAGUUCAGAUUAGACCAGGAAUCUCAGAAAUACCACAAGGCCGAUGAAGAACGCAAGAACGUUCAGAUGGCGAUUGAACAACUCAAGCGAGACAUGGCCACGAUGAAAAGACAGAACACCCUGGUGGUGACGCUGGGUGCUGACUUGGACCGGCCCAUGGAUGGUUUACCGCGGAACAGACGGAUUCUCAACCCCAGACUGGGACCUGUCCGCAGCUCGGCUGUUGUCAACAGACUUCCCAGGUUACCCGCGAAACCCCAGAAGAAGGGGAAGUCAUCCCUGAAAAAUCCAGACGGGAAGAAGGUGAAAAGAAGAGAAAGAAAGUAAACCGUAUAGACGAGAUGGGAAAGGACAUGCGCAUGUUUUUGGAGAACAAUUCUGACAUCUGCAGAAUUAAGUACUGAAACAAUAUAAAGCAUUUCAUAUGUGGACGACAAUGUUUUUCUACUUUUUCCAACUCUUAGUAAUUUGAUGCCAGCCUGACCUUAUCUUAUAGAAAUGAAAUAUCUCUCUCUAAACAAAUUACAUGUAACGGUACAUAGUAGUACCACUUGUUUGGGUGGUUGGUACCAUCAAACACCUUUUUUCCUCUGUUGCACCAAUAGAUGCAUCUUUUUGUGUUUAGACGGAACCGUAGGUUACCAAACACCUGGCGCACAAUUCAGUUGUGCCCAGGUAAUGCUCUUACACUAAUCCUCCUCUGUCCGUGUCAAAAACUCUCCCUCACAAGCGCCGUCCGCCUGCACUGUUUAGAUGGCACGUCCUACUAGAAGCUACAUGUAGAUGACGGGAAACCGACACCUGGGACUGAAUACAUUAUCUCGUCACCAACAGGAAUUAAGAAGGACAACAGUAUCGUUUUCUGAUUACCCAACUUUUAUUGAAAGCACAAUCAGUAAUUUGGAGCUAGUGAUGCAGAGGUAGGCAAGACCGACCGUUGGAAAUUGGGGCAAACGUGCUGUUGUUGAGUCAGUUGCCAUGUUGUAUGGGGUGAACUCUUUGAAAGAAUAACACAGGAGCAAAACGCACGGCAAAAUGUUCAUCUACCAUAUGCAGGUCACGACUUUAGCUGAAAUACUUGGUCCUAACGGACCAAUGCGAUAGCUGAACGAGUAGCAGGUGUCACACAAUCUGCCGUCAAUUACGAAAAGUAGCACUACAUUAGCAAACGAUGUAAAACACGCACCCUUCACUAUAAAGACAAGCCUGUUCUCCUAGAAAGGUUUGCACGUCCGUGCAGACACAAUAUUCGUCGUCCCCAUGACGACUCAACAAUGUUUGCCUCAUGUAAUUAUGGGUGCGCUUGUCCAGGGCCACUUUGUUGUUCCAGUGCAUUUGUUCAGCGCAAGCAAAAAUUUCAAAACACCUGUCAAAUUGAUUACCACGAGAAUUGAGUUUGUUUGCUUGCUUCCCAAACAAGUUGUCAUUCCGUGGGACUGUUAUCGUUUGUUUUAUCUGACGGCUUCUGCACAUCGGAGACGCUUCUAACAGCUGUCUAAUCGCACAGUGUCUCGCUUCUUCAAUAUAUGACAUGUUGCUUCAUCCCGUACUGACCUACCCAUGACUACUAGUAAUUGUAUCAAGGAGAGUAUGCAUGAAUGCCUCGGUAGGAAAGAUUGAAAAUGUAAAAGGCAAACCAUACCCCCAGACAGCCCAUACACCUAUAAAAGGCCAAGUUCAUAACCGGCAAGAAAACAA